ACAAACAAACAAAAUUGUUAAACGUUGUAAUUUUUGUGCUCCAGUGAUUAAUUUUAUGUGACGUGAUUUCUCGAAAUUAAAAUUAGUUAAUUACUAAGUGAAACAAAGAAGAAAUAUCAAAACAUCAAAUCAUAUGGAACUUUUUUUCUGCGCAACUUUGAAAAUAAUUUUAUCUAAAUGAAAGAUUGAUAAUUAACUAUGAUAAUUAAAGUUAAUAAAAAGAAGAAAAGUUUUUAGAGAAGAAAAACAAACAAUUGAUCUUAUCUUUAGUAAAAGAUAACCUCCAAAAAAGUGCAAUGAUCGCAAUGACUCAUCAACAAUCAUCCCGAGCAAACUCUCGUAUAAAUCAAUAUGAAGAAUUGAAUGGAAUAUCGAUGAAAAAUGGCGGUAUGAAUGGUAGCGCUUCAGGUGCCGGUACAACAGGAACAGGAGUACCAAGUUCAUCACCAGGAGUAGGCGCAGGAACAACCGCAAGUUCAAAUACUUCUGACAAAAUUAUACAGGAGGCGCCACACCGCGACGAUACUUCGAAGACACAAGCUCGAGGGAUUGGAUCGGCAGCAAAGACCGUCGGUAGCUCGUCGGAGAACGCCGUCGUCGAGAAACACGUUAUUGACGACGACUCUGACGAAGAGGAGGAGGAGGAAGAAGAGGACGACGAGGACGAGGACGAGCACGAAGAGGAUCGGAUUGAGGAGGACGAGGACGAGGAAGACGAAGUAGUGAGAGAGAUACGACGUGACGGCGCUAGUAUUGGUAACGGCACAAGGAUGUCUGCUAAUGAAAUGGGACAAGAAUUGGCGGGACGCGAGACGGCGCGUGGCUCCUCUACAAUUCCGAUGCCCAUUGGGGUAGGGAUGCCGCCACCAGAAACUGGGGAAUUUAGUGGUGGAAACGUCGCCACCGGAGGUGGCAUGGGCGGCUACUGGAGGCAGAGUAGACCCUCCAGUCCCCGCAUGCCGCCUCCUGAGCAACCGGAGCCCAGGCCAAAGAGCCGACACGACUCGAUUGCUAAUACUACUGUCACUACUACCACCAGGUACAAUAAUCUUGGAUACUGGAGGGCUAGACGCGUCACUUUUUAUAAAAAUGGAGAUCCUUACUUUCCUGGAGUUGAAUUUAGAUUCAAACCUGGACGAGACAUUGGAUCAUUGGAAGCACUUCUCGAUCGACUAUCCUUGCGUCUGGACCUUCCAAGAGGUGCGCGGCAUAUAUUUUCAAUGGACGGUGACAGAAAACUCAAUCUUGACGAGCUUGAAGAUGGUGCUUCAUAUGUUGUGUCCAGCUACAAAACAUUCAAGCCGGCGAGCUACGGGAAAAAGGGCAAUACGUGGUACACUGCACCAGGUGGUGGUAGUAGAGGCGGUGCAGGAGGUGGAUGGCAAAGUAGACCCCCCGCGGUAGCGAGUCUUAGCAGAAAAGCUUCUAUCACUGAAGAAGCACCUCCCCCAGGCGGUGGAAAACCUUCAUCUGGCCGAGUGAUUCGCAUCGUCAACAAUCUCGACCAUACGGUUCAGUGUCGUGUGUUGUUGAACUUGCGGACAUCACAACCCUUCGAAGAAGUCCUUGAAGACUUAGGCCAGGUGUUGAAAAUGAACGGGGCCAAGAGAAUGUUUACAGUCUCGGGACAAGAGGUCCGCAGCUUUUCACAAUUAAGAAAUGAAUUUGCCGAUGUGGACACAUUUUACCUGGGAACUGGUGCAUCGAUGGGUAUCAGCGGUGCAUCAAUGGUUACUUCAUCUCCAGCUCGCAGAUCGCGAUCACGUGGACCGCCAACAUUACAAAUGACCGGAGCUAGUGAAGAAGUCGUUAGACAACGACGAGCACGUAGUAAAAGUCGUCCACGUGCGCUCUAUGCCGCUGAUUCUGAAGUUGUAAGGGUUAAUGAUUAUAGUGUCGUCGAAGUAUUGAGAGAAGAACCAGCUCGUGUCACAAUAAGAGGACUAAGAAGAUCGUUCUAUCCCCCAUCACAUUUGCCACUAGUUGACAAUUCGCCGCCGGACAAGAAACUUCAGCUCGAGUGGGUGUACGGCUACCGAGGCACUGACACCCGGAGAAAUUUGUGGGUUUUGCCAAGUGGAGAGCUAUUAUACUACGUCGCAGCAGUUGCUGUGCUGUUUGAUCGAGAAGAAAAUACACAGCGCCAUUAUAUUGGUCAUACGGAAGAUAUUACUUGCAUGGAGAUUCAUCCGAGCAGGGAACUUGUCGCUUCGGGUCAGCGAGCUGGAAGACAUCGUAAAGCACAGCCGCAUGUUCGUAUUUGGUCGACGGAAACUCUUCUUACGCUUUAUGUUUUUGGGAUGACUGAAUUCCAAAUGGGCGUAUCUGCUCUUGCAUUUUCUCAACUUAACGGAGGAAGUUAUGUUCUUGUCGUCGAUUCUGGAAGAGAAGCUAUAUUAUCUGUUUGGCAAUGGCAAUGGGGUCAUCUUCUUGGAAAAGUUGCGACUUUACAAGAAGAUCUUACAGGUGCAGCAUUCCAUCCCUUAGAUGACAAUCUUUUAAUCACUCACGGUCGAGGCCACUUGACAUUUUGGAAUCGCCGUAAGGACGGAUUUUUCGAGAGAACUGAUAUCAUAAAACCACCAUCAAGAACUCACGUUACAAGUAUCCAAUUUGAGCAAGACGGCGACGUCGUAACAGCUGACAGCGACGGUUUUAUAACAAUUUAUUCAGUUGAUGCCGAUGGCGCUUAUUUUGUUCGAAUGGAAUUCGAAGCACAUAACAAGGGCAUCAGUUCUUUGGUGAUGCUUUCCGAGGGUACUUUGCUUUCCGGUGGUGAAAAAGAUCGUAAAAUAGCUGCUUGGGAUUCUCUGCAAAACUACAAACGAAUUACUGAUACAAAGCUACCAGAAUCAUCAGGAGGUGUACGAAGUAUAUACCCUCAGAGACCUGGAAGAAAUGAUGGAAACAUAUACGUCGGAACAACGCGUAACAAUAUCCUUGAAGGAUCUUUACAACGGCGAUUCAAUCAAGUUGUAUUUGGACACGGAAGACAACUUUGGGGACUUGCUGUUCAUCCAGAUGAUGAAGUUUUUGCUACAGCAGGGCAUGAUAAAAAUAUCGCACUUUGGAGAAGGCACAAAUUGCUUUGGACAACUCAAGUUGGAUUUGAGUGCAUUUGCAUAGCUUUUCAUCCAUUUGGUGUAGCCUUGGCAGCUGGUUCGUCUGAAGGUCAUCUUCUUGUUCUUGCAGCCGAUACCGGAGCGGCAGUAGCAACUCUUCGCGUCUGUGGAUCUCCUUUAUCGUGUAUUGGCUACAAUCCAACUGGAGAAAUUAUUGCUAUGGGAUCACAAAAUGGUAGUGUAUAUCUAUUCCGUGUGUCCCGCGAUGGAUUUUCUUACAAAAAAAGCAACAAAAUUCGAGGAACUCAGCCAUUAGUCCAACUGGAUUGGAGCUCAGAUAGUAGAUUCUUACAGACAGUAACCCAAGACUAUGAUUUAGUUUUUUGGGAUGUUAAAGCUCUACAGUCAGAAAAAAGUCCAAUUGUUAUGAAGGAUGUAAAGUGGCACACUCACAAUUGUACUGUUGGUUACAUGGUUUCUGGUAUGUGGAAUAAUCGAUAUUAUCCACUGACAACAGUGAUAACAACGUCAAGCCGAUCAGCAGCUCACGAUAUGUUAGUAAGUGGAGAUGCUGAAGGUUAUUUGAGACUCUUCAGAUUUCCUUGUACUAGCGCGAAAGCGGAAUAUGUAGAAGAAAAAGUUUACAGUUCACUUGUCGCAUGCGCUAGAUUUUUGUACAAUGACCAGAAUGUUGUAACUGUUGGUGGUACUGACGCAGCUCUCAUGCUUUGGGAAUUAGUUGACGAAUAGGUCAACAAAUAAGUAAAUCUACGACAAGAAAAAUAAAAAAAAUUUUUAAUAAAUUUCAAACUUUUAAUAGAAAACGAACUCCGAACGCCGGCCGUAAGUGGAGAUCAAUUUUUAAAUUCAAUCGUAACUGCCGUGACUUUGAUUUUUAAAAUACAAAAGAAAAAUUGUUUUUUUAUUUCAUAUAACAGAAUUUUACUAACCGUACUCAACUGGUCGAUCGUCAUCGACGUUAAUAACACUUAAUUUUAUUAAAAAUGUUAAUGUCGAUGACAACAAAAAAAAUUUUACAUGAAACGUUGUCAUAUUUAUCGACGCGAACGCUUAAAACUCCUAAACUAUUGACUUUAUGCUCAUAACGUAACCGACGUGUUGUGUAGAAAAUAUAAUUCUCUACAAGAAAAUAAUUGACAAUUAUUAUAUUAAAAUUAAUAGUUUAAGAAAAAACUAGCGUUAACUAUUUUUGUGUGUUCAUAACAAACACAAACGCACAGAAUAUUAUUUUAAAUUAAAUAUACUCAUAGGUAUUUAACUAUUGUCAUUUUAUUAAUAAAUUAAUUUUAAAUCGAUAAUAAAUCGAUUAAUAAAUAUAAAUAUAUACGUAAAGACGCGGGCGUCUCAAUCAUAUAAAUAAUCUAGUUCAAUUGUAUCAGUUGUUCAUCCAAUAGCAAAAAUCAGCUUCAAUCGCCUAGCACUCAUUUAAUUAUUCAAUUUCAAUAAUAAUUAUUUAGUUAGCAGGGAAAUUAAAUUAUUGCCAAUAACAAUUGCCCAUCAUCAUGAUUCUAAUUAUUUCAAAAAUAACUUUUCACAAUUACUAUAAUCAAUUUAACUUUUAUCAUUAUUUAUAAGUGGGGACUUAAUUUUUUUUUCUUUUUUAAAGAUUUGUAGCAAGAAAUUCAAAACUUUUGUGAUCUAUUAAUUUAUUACUGAAUUUUCGCAUACCGAUCCUUAAUAUUUUCUUAAAAACUUGAUUAAUUAAGCUUCAAAUAAGCAGACAAUGACUAGGUCAAAAAUAACUAUGAGAAUAGUUUUAAUUGUAAAAAUUUUUACAAUCAUAAUUGGACACCCCACUUGUAAAUAAUUAUAUAAAACAAUCUUGAUAUUUAAUCCUGCAGUUUAAAGAAAUCUUUACGGUUCUUUGAAUUGGUGGAUUUUAAUAAUAAAUAAAAGAAAAUGCACGUAAAAUAGCAAACAAUGUCGCUGGACGACGCAAAAUAUAUUAAUAAUAAUAAUAAUUUUUAAUUUUACUUGGUAUUGAUAAAAUGUUCACUACAUUGUUCAUGACAUAUAUAUGUUUAAACAUAUAUAUUGUAUUUAAACGAAUAUGUAUUGUAUAUUUAUAAUAGAUUAAUAGGUUUAGAUGAAGCGCAAGGGAAUUUUUCGAGUAAAUACUCAAUUAUUAAUUAUCAUAAAUUAAGAUGAUUAUAAUUAUAUGUACAAUUAACCCUUGAGCUUCGGAUUAAUAA